AUGCGAUCACGAUGUCAGUACCAUCUCGUCAACGCCCUUGAGCGCACACAGCAAACGUCGUUGCUACGUCUGCGACCACAACCCCUGAAGUGGUCGUGUGCGAAAAGAGCAUACGCCACUGUCGAUGGCAUUGAGGAUGGUGGUGAGGCAAACAAUUCACCGACGCUGGCAAUACCGUCCGAAAGUCGACACAACGAAAUCGGAGUUCAACAAGUCAGCGCACACAUCUAUCCGCAGCUCUUUCCGCCACGCGCCAAUGGUGCUGCCAAACCGGACGCCGAACUCAUCGCUUUAUCCAAGGAUCAUCUCGCACGGCAUGAGCUACUUGGAAAGACUAGUGACAAUGCGCAACCAGUGGGAUUCGACUUGCCGCCUUUGCAGGGAACCUCGCUGGAUGAGCAUUUCUAUCGUUUGGGUAUGGACAGUGCAGAGCCGUACAUGAGCAUGUCGAAGAAGUAUGCGCGUGCUUCUCUACACCCCAAGCCGCGUCAAUGGGUACAAAGAAGCGGGUGGACCAAAUACUACGAAGAUGGCACCUCAGAAGCCAUCGCCUUCCCGGAUGCCGAUGUCCUGACCUUUGAUACUGAAGUCAUGUGGCACGAAACCAGCUUUCCUGCAAUGGCUUGUGCAGUCUCUGCAACACAUUGGUACGCUUGGCUUUCACCGUGGCUUCUGGGAGAAAGCCAAAACGACAGACAUCUGAUCCCGCUUGGAGAUCCGCAAAAGCCUCGCAUCAUCGUGGGGCACAACAUUGGCUAUGACAGAGCGCGUAUUUUGGAAGAGUAUAGUCUGGAUCAAUCGAAGAGUUUCUUCAUGGAUACGAUGAGUCUGCACAUUGCGGCGAAUGGCAUGUGCAGUAGACAGAGGCCAACGUGGAUGAAGCAUCGCAAGCAGCGAGACACGCAGGACAGGAUUGCUGCUGCUGAAGAAGGAUCCGACUUGGCCGCACUGCUUAAUACUGAAAAUGGAUACGAUCAAGAGGAGGAGCUGUGGGUUGGACGAUCGUCCGUGAAUAGUCUACGAGAUGUUGCAAAGUUCCACUGCAACAUCACAAUCGACAAGGCUAGGCGAGAGUGGUUUGGUGAGUUGGAUCGCGAGGGUAUUGUCGAACGCUUGGACGAGUUGUUGGAUUACUGUGCAGCCGAUGUCGAUAUCACUCACAAGGUUUACAAGAAGGUGUUUCCGCUAUUUGUCGAGACAUGUCCGCACCCGGUAUCAUUUGCUGCUCUGAGACAUCUGUCGACGGAAAUUCUACCCAUCGACAAAGGUUGGCAGGCGUAUAUCAAGAACGCCGAGGCGACGUACCAGAGACUUUCCUCGGGUGUGGUUGAAAGGUUGGUCGAUCUGGCGGAAAAGGCCCUGGCGCUUCGCAACAGGCCAGAAAUCUAUCAAAACGACCCGUGGCUGUGUCAAUUGGACUGGGGCGGUCAAGCCAUUCGCAUGGUUAAGGGAAAGAAAAAGGACGACCCACUUAGACCUGCGGCGAGGCAGAAGAAGCCGGGGAUGCCAAAUUGGUACAAGGAUCUCUUCGCAAAGGCGGAUGCAGAGAUCGCUUUGACGGUGCGUACUCGUAUCGCGCCUGUACUCUUACGCAUGGCCUGGGAUGGCAAUCCUCUGGUCUGGUCCGAUGAAUUUGGCUGGUCAUUCAAAGUGGAGCACUCCAAAGCGCAAAAGUAUAGAGAUCAGUCGAUGAAGCAGUGUGAUAUGCUAGAGGAGAAGAAUUUCGCACUGCGAGACGAUCUAGAGCACACCUACUUUAAGCUCCCUCACAAAGAUGGACCAGAGGUGCGGUGCACCUCACCUCUCGCCAAAGGCUACUUGCAGUUCUUUGAAAGCGGCGUGCUUUCUUCUGAAUAUGCAUAUGCGAGGGAAGCGCUGGAUAUGAAUGCUUCGUGCUCUUACUGGAUCAGUGCUCGCGAUCGUAUCAAGUCGCAAAUGGCCGUGUAUGAGAGCGAACGCCCGGGUGCUGCGGCUGAUGAAUCGAAGUUGGGCUUCAUUCUCCCACAAGUCAUCCCGAUGGGCACAAUCACUCGACGUGCUGUGGAAAACACUUGGCUCACCGCAGCCAAUGCCAAGAAGAACAGAGUAGGUUCCGAAUUGAAGAGCAUGAUUACGGCACCGCCAGGCUAUAGUUUUGUCGGCGCGGAUGUCGACAGUCAAGAGUUGUGGAUAGCGUCUCUUGUUGGAGAUGCCAGCUUCAAACUCCACGGCGGAAAUGCAAUUGGGUUCAUGACUCUAGAAGGAACAAAAGCGGCCGGAACUGAUCUCCACUCACGCACCGCAAAGAUUCUGGGCAUCUCUCGUAAUGAUGCCAAGGUUUUCAACUACGGCAGAAUCUACGGGGCUGGUCUUACAUUCGCUCAGUCGCUGCUGCGUCAAUUCAACCCCACCAUGAAAGAAGAAGACGCCAAACGUAUUGCCAAAACGCUCUACCAGGAGACCAAAGGUGCCACGUCUCGCGGGAAGGCUCUUCGCGAUCGUUCAUUCCUACGUGGUGGAACGGAGAGCUUGGUGUUCAAUAGGCUGCAAGACUUUGCUGAACAAGAAAGACCUCGUACUCCCGUGCUCGGCGCUGCCAUUACCGAAGCUCUGAUGCGUCGUUUCCUCAGCAAAGGUGGAUUCAUGACCAGCCGAAUCAAUUGGGCAAUUCAGUCUUCCGGAGUUGACUACCUUCAUCUCUUGAUAGUCAGCAUGGAUUACCUUUGCAGACGCUACAAUAUCGAUGCUCGCUUGGCCCUGACCGUCCACGAUGAGAUUCGCUAUCUUUCAAAAGAUGAAGACAAAUACCGCUGUGCCAUGGCCUUGCAAGUUGCAAAUGUCUGGACACGAGCCAUGUUCAGCCAGCAAAUGGGUAUUGAUGACUUGCCACAGUCGUGUGCAUACUUUAGCGCCGUCGAUAUCGAUCACGUUUUGCGAAAAGAGGUGGACAUGGAUUGCGUUACCCCUUCACAUCCAGAAGCGAUUCCUCCAGGCGAGUCUCUGGACAUUAUGCAACUGCUCGCCAAGGGAAAGCAAGCUUAUCUGGACCCAAGCGUGAAGCCUUCCAUUGUACCGCAGCCGGAGCAAUACGAGUACACCUAUCGGCAACCUAUCAUGGAAAGUCUCCAGACACCAAACGCAAUGACAUAUCUCCGCGCUCAAAUCGCCGAUACACCUGCGGAGCUGACCAAGAUUCUCAAGAAGCUGAAACCGAAGAAGCCGGCUAGAGAGCACGACCAAGCCGACGACAUGUCAGCGCUCGGGUACUCCUUUGACGGAGCCUUUGAGAAACCCGCCAAAAAGCCGACUCGGAUUCGCAAGACCAAUGUCAAGUACAAGAAUGAGUACAUUCGAUCCACGGAACCCCUUCAUUUGAGUGCGCAAAAGUCUCCUCCUGCACGAUAUGAGGCGUGGAGUGCGAGUGAUUGGAGCGAAUUGUCGCGGGCUUGGGAUAAAGAGACGGAGAGUGGGAGACGAGCGCAUGCUGCGCCUCAUGCUGCUGUUAGGUCUGUGGGGCCCAUGGUGUUUUGA